UUCCCAGUGAAGCGACCUGAGGAUUUUGCUCUAUUGGGUAUCAAUGCUAAACCACAAGGAAUUUUACUAUGUGGACCACCUGGUUGUGGAAAGACCCUGUUGGCAAAGGCGGUCGCGAACGAGACUGGCAUGAACUUCAUUAGUGUGAAAGGUCCCGAACUUCUCAAUAUGUAUGUUGGAGAAAGUGAGCGUGCUGUGAGAACAGUGUUUCAACGUGCUCGAGACUCGUCGCCAUGCGUUAUAUUUUUCGAUGAGAUUGAUGCCUUAUGUCCGAAAAGAACUCAAAAUGAGUCUUCUGGUGGCGCUCGCUUGGUGAAUCAGUUGUUAACGGAGAUGGAUGGCGUCGAGGUUCGAAAACAGGUUUUCCUUAUUGGUGCCACGAACAGGCCUGAUAUUGUUGACCCUGCCAUACUACGCCCGGGUCGCCUUGACAAGAUUCUCUUUGUUGAUUUUCCAUCCCCUAAUGAUCGUGCUGACAUUCUGAGAAAAACAACUAAGAAUGGGACCAAUCCUAAGUUAAGUGUUGACGUGGAUUUCGACAAAUUGUCUCAUCUACCUGAACUGGACGGUUUCACAGGAGCGGAUUUAGCUGCACUUGUUCACGAAGCGUCCAUCAUCGCGUUAAAAGCUCGACUUUUCGGCGGCGACCUCGGUAUCGAUGCGGUGGCCAUGGAGCAUUUCCUCAAAGCUAUCCAGAAUAUUCGGCCCUCUGUUACAGAAGCCGAUCGUAAGAAAUAUUUGAAAAUGAAGGAAAUUUAUGGUGUCAAAAGACGUGUUCCACAAGUUCAAGAUGAUGUUAGUUAG